CUCUCAAAGAUUCCAUACGUGCAGUAUACCAAACACCAGCACUUGGAAAUGAUGGAGCGGUGUUCAACGUUGUAUGCGACAGCGGGAAAUACUCACCUCGAAACGACCAAGCUUUGCGUGAAAUGCUCCGGUUGCUGGUAUCAAAGAAUAACCUCAAGUUUACCGUGUUCAGAGACUCCCUAAAAGCCUUUUCAGAUUGGUCAUUCCCAAAGGUGUGUCAACUUUACGGACUUUGUGAAUCAGACGAUCUUUCAUUAUCAGUAUUCCCACCUUUUAUUUGCGAGUGUAAAGAGCUGAAAGAUGAUUCUUCCCGGGUAAUACUUCGAAAUCUUAUUACCGAACUGGAGGCCCGUCUCAAGUCUAUUCCAAUCAGUGGGAACGAAGCAUCGAAAUCACAUUUGAGCUCCGACCAGAAAAAAAAUAUCACAGGACCCAACGGACACGGUCCAGUCGAUUUCGCAAUAGACCUGCUCCGAACCGCAAAAACGGUUGACGUGACAGAAAUAAAGAACGAAGAUUUUUACAAGGGUAUUGCUCAGAAUGCCGUUCAGCUCGAGUCCGCUUUGUCAAACUGUAAACGUAAGGCGAGCGAGAUGGAGGAAGAUAGUGUGUUCGUGGGUAAGGUAUUUGGAAUUGUCACAGAUGCGGAAAAGUGGUAUUUUAUGGAAUGUUCACUCGAUGAUCAAGACAGGCUAAGAUUCAAACUAUCGGAGCCGGUGGUCGUUGUAUAUAAGGACGAGAAUGUGGAAAACAUGGUUAGGAAAAUUCUCGGGCAUAUUGCAUGGUUGUUGGAGGAGGUACAAAAGCCGGAUUCAGAUUCACGUGAAGAGAGGGUAAUAAAGAAGCAUAGGUCAUCGAGUAAUCUUGCAGAAAAGUCGGGUUAG